AUGGAGGAGAUCAACACAACAAACCUCUCCCUGAACUACCUGAAUUCUGGCUCCGCAGACUCUCAGGCAGUCAAUCAAUCUCUGUGCAGAGCACACAACUUCAGUAUAUUGAUGAUUUCAGGUGUCUGUAUGGGGAUUUCUGUCUGUGGACUCGUGGGGAAUGGGAUAGUCCUGUGGUUCCUGGGCUUCCACGUGAAGAAAACCCCCUUCACUGUCUACGUCCUGAACCUGGCCAUCGCUGACUUCUCUCUGCUCCUCUUCCUUCUUGUUAUACUGACAUUAUACGUCAAUUCAAUUGUCCCCUGUCAUUUCUCGUUUAAUCAUACCUUCACCAAGUACAUCCUGAUGGAUCUGGUUCUGUUUUGGUAUUUUGCCAGCAUGUAUCUCCUGACAGCAAUGAGCAUGGAGAGGUGUCUCUCUGUUUUAUUCCCAAUCUGGUACCGGUGUCACCGCCCAACGCACUUGUCAGGCAUCAUGUGUGGGGUUCUCUGGGCUCUUGCUGGACUUUAUAUUGCUUUGGUUUUCUUGAGCUGUUACUUCUCUUUUCAUAUAAGCUGUAAACAAGUGUUCCAAGCUCUCAGCAUCAUCAAUUUUCUCAUUUUCACUUUAUUCCCACUCCUUUCCAACCUUUCCCUGUUCAUCAAACUCCAACGCGGCUCACAGAAACGACACCCGGGGAAACUCUACGUUGCCAUCCUGCUCAGCGUGAUCUUCUUGUUCAUCUUUGGGUUUCCUCUCACUGUGGUGGUUUUCCUUGAUCCUCUCUAUUUAAAUCUGCUUUUUGUUCAUCUCUCUUACCUGCUGGCCUCGCUGAACAGCAGCAUCAACCCGUUCAUUUACUUUCUGGUGGGGAGCUGCCAAAAACGCCGGUUCAAGUUCUCUGCAAAAGCCGCUCUCCACCGAGUCUUUGAAGAGAAAGUGAUGACCAAGGAGGAAAGCCACGUGCCUGGGGAUCCUGAGGUGGAGACCACUCUAUAA